CGGCCCUUAGGCUUCGCCACGUCCCGCCAGUGGCCGAGCUCAGCCCAGUAGGGCUGAGGGCUCACGAGCAAGGUCUUGCUCGUUCAACCACGACCCAGCACCAGCACCAGCAACGACCAGCACCAACGCCCGACGACCAAAGACCAACAACCAAAGUACCUUCAUUCCAACCACUCCAUUCCGACCACUCCAACCAUUCCGACCACUCCAGCCAACCAACCAGUCAUUCAAAAAGGUACAAAACCACCGCCAAAAAAAAUAAACAAACCCGUCCGAAAACAAAAACAAAUUAAAACCAAACAAAUAAACCAAAUAAAACCAAAAUGUCGAGCCCCAGCCCCAGCACCAGCAAAUCCGCCAUCCCCUCUGCCGGCAGCGCCAGCGCAAGUGCCAGCGGCAAUACCGGCCCGGAGCCGGCGCACUCAGAAGUUCAGCAGCAGCAAAUCCCAUCCCCAUCCCCAGCCCCAGCAUCUCACUCGCCCUCCCUCACCACGCUACUUCCGCCAGCGCCAGCGCCACAGUCCGGCGCCACUACCAGCACCAGGGCCACCACCAGCACUUCCCCCACUAGGACUCCCCCUACCGCCACCCCCAACCCCACCGCCACAGAGAAAACCCCCAAGCAAGCAUCGGCAGCGGCGGGGGCGGGGGCGGGGGCGGCGGACGACCUCCUCGCCCCACAAGCGGACUACGACUGGUCUGGCUUCCUCGGCUCGAGCGCACACGAGCUGUCCGCCGUCGAGAGCGAUGAGAAGGCGCUGCUCGAGGAGUAUAGGAGCUGGGAGUGGCUUCAUGAACUCUACACCAUCCGCCGCGCACAGAGCGAGAGCGUGCGGUUUAGUCGCGAGUAUGUACCUGCCUGCCUGCCUGCUUGCUUCCCCUUCCCCUUCCCCUUCCCCUUCCCGCCCGUCUGUCUGUCUAGUCUAUGUGCUUGCUUCUCAUCUGUCUGUAGUGGGGUGGGUUCUGACGGUAAAACAAAUAGGAUCGCCACCGUUGCGCGGUGGACGCAGUUGAAGGAGGCGGAGGUGGAGGAGGCUCGCGUGAGUCAUACGCAGGAUAUGGAACGGAUCUCGUCUGUGCUUGGGAUCUCCUCGCCUUCUCCUGCGAAGUAAUGAAGGUGGAGGGAGCAUGGCGGGGGAGGGGGGAGGAAGGGUAAUUUUCACUGUCAUGGUUAAGGCUCGUGGGGGUGUUGUGCGUGAAAUCAGAUGUCGGAAAAGG